UGUGUGUGUAUGUGUGGGGGCUGUGAAUUCAAAGUUGCGCCGUAUUUCUCACUUCUAAUGGUUAUGCGGGUGCUAAGUCUGUGCGUCCGGAACAAGAGCCGCUCCUGAGAAGACGAGCCCCACUUCAGCCAUGGAUGCAGAGAAUGGGGAGCUGUUUCUCAGUCAUGAAGAUGAGCAGGUGGUUUUGGGGCAGAGAUGGAAUCUCGACGCGGCAAUCCACUGCUCCGAUGUCAUCUUCAGCAACUCAGAAAAGCCCCUGCAGGAAUGGGCGGUAGACUGUACGCUGAACGACAGCGAGUCGGAGGAUGUGCUCCACGCCGUUGACCCGAAUGAGGUAUUUCCUAGUGGGCCCCCCGGGGAGGCCCUUUCUGAGACUGACAGUGGGAUCUCAGAGGAUCCCCCUGCUGAUGGACCCAUCACUGCGGCGUCAGCAGAGCCCGCCCAGCACACCCUGUACCAAGUGGUCUAUGACAUCAAUGACCUGCGCAACGUCACGGCUGAUUCUGUUCCCACCAGUCUGGAUGUCAUCUCUAUUCAACUGGAUGAGUGGAGCUCUCAGACAUUGUUUUCAGACUCCUGUAUUGUAAAUGAGGUUCCUGUGAUGUCUGCGGCCAGCACCAGUACCGCCCACACCCUGUUUGUCUCCAGCACAGCACCCUCUAGUCCCGACAACUACCAGCAGUACUCAGACCUCCAGCUGACAGAGGAGGAACAGAAACUGUUGACCCAGGAAGGCAUUUCCCUGCCCAGUAACCUGCCCCUAACCAAGGCGGAGGAACGGAUCCUGAAAAAGGUUCGCAGAAAAAUCCGGAACAAACAGUCGGCUCAGGACAGCCGGCGCAGAAGGAAAGAGUACAUUGAUGGUCUGGAAAGCAGGGCAGCAGCUUGCUCAGCACAAAACAAGGACCUUCAGAGGACAGUGGAGCAGCUGGAGAAACACAACAGGUCCCUGGUGGCUCAGCUGCAUAGAUUCCAGUCUCUUAUCAAACAAACAGUUAGCAAAGGAGCCCAGACAAGCACCUGUGUAUUGAUCAUCCUGCUGUCUUUGGCUCUGAUUAUCAUGCCCAGCUUCAGUCCCUUUAGAGGAGGAACAUCCUCAGAGGAGGACUACAAGCCAACAGGAGUUAUUUCCAGAAACAUCCUUAUAGACCUCUCCUCCUCACCGCCAGCAACAGACGAGGCAGAUGGUCGUCCCAACCUUCAAGCCGUCUCGUUACCGGUCCCUGCUCAAAUGAACCAGUCUGCAUCUCCAGAUAGCGGCACUAUUCUCAAACAGCCAACAGAAAACCUUGAAAUCACAGACUUUGUGGACGCAGUCCAAGAGGAGAGUCUAUCACGGAACGAAACGGCUCUCGUCUCCGGGCGAACUGAACCGCUGGCUCUCGGUUUGAGGUCUGUGGCUGGAAAAGGAAGCCUGGACACAACAAAACCUGCACACGCGGAUGAAAUGUAGAACGUUAGCCGUUAGCUUAGCAUAGCUGCAUCCCUCAUCCUUUGGAGCACUUCAGUAGUCUACGCACUUUAUGCUUUACGCAUUUUGCUGAAUGCUCCAUAGCGACUAACCACUGACCGGCAGAGAUUCCGUGUUUUGCUCAAGGACUCUUUGGCAGGACAUGUUGGCAACUGGGGGAUGUGAAACUCGACCUUUUAGUUCUGGGGCAUUAGUUCUAACCGCAAGGUCCAAAUUCAAUCGGUAUUACUUACAAAAGAAAGACACACUUUUAACCGCAGAGACAUUUUUUUUUAGCACACACACACACACACACACACACACACACACACACACACUGUCUCCCUUUACUUCAGGGACAAAGAAUUAACCUCUGUUCAGGACAUUUUCAUUCUCUUCUAUAGGCCUCUAAAAAUUAAGUUACAGAGAAUUUUAAUGAAUCUUUACUUUGCUGAAGACGUAGUGGGGGUUCCUCAAAGACCAGUGAAACCCAGUUUUAGGAACCAGACCGCCCAAGCAGCAAGUCUUCUACCCUGUUGCCAUGUUGGCCUUGUUUUGUUAAAACACCUUUCAAAUGGCCUCACCAUGUCUAACGUAAGCUGGGCUUCAACUAAUACAAGUUUAUCUUGAUGAUGUUCAAACAAUCAAGCUGCAUUUUAUAUAGCGCUUCUCUAGCUGCACCAGCCAUUCAAAGUGCAUAACAAUUAAUCAAUAUGUUUAGAAAACUUCCUUAAUGAAAAAACUGUAGGCUAGAUGUAGAUGAAUUUGCUUCUAAACAACGCUGAGAUGUCUGUAAUUCCCUAAGAAGCAAACCAGAGGGUUUUUUUUCUUUCCACAAAUUGGCAUUAACUAAGUUUAGAUGUUUUCAUCAAACCAGCGGUGUGGCGUGGUAACAGUUAGCUUGUGGUGGCUAAACGAUACAACAUGAAUCGACUUUCCACAUUCGAAAUUUAGUUAAAUUAUCAAAAAUGAACACAGAUUUCAAAGUCUCCACUUUUAAAAGGCAGCGUGAAAGACACCCAAAGACAAAAUGUUGCAAAGUUAGCAGCGGUCUGUGUAGUAUAAUCGGUGUCCACUGCAUUAGGCUAACAGGCUAGCGUUAGCUUCAGGGGGGUAAGGAAGGUACCUGGGCCGCCAUCACUCUGCCGCUCAGUUUGCACUUAGCACACAGACAGCCUCUCCACUUGCAGAACCGUUUGUGUCCCUUCAGAGGUGACUCGUAUCCGUGAUUCCUGCAUUGGGAACAUUAGGGCAUCGUCGGCUGUUUUUUACUCUUCGAUUGGGAGCGUAACGGUGACAGGCCGGUACAGGGCUCCCUGUUUGCUGCGCUCCUCCUGGCUCAUUCUGCAUGUUCCUCAAUGCGGACACUCACUGUUCCAUUUUUUUGCGCUUAAAAACGUAGUUGGGUUUUGACUUGUAGUCCAGUGAGCAGUGCUGGCUCCUCCAGGCUAACUUGGGAGCUUCCAGCUGAGCGUUGGUGCCCGUUGGUUUCAAUGAGAAAUGAUAACAAACAAGCUGCUUUUGAGACUAUUAAUCGAAAAUGUUACUUCUUUUAUAUUUGAUUUUGUUUGUUGGCUUUUUUGGGGGGGGGGAUUGGUAUAAAAUGGUUUCCAUAGUGAGAGCACACAAACAGAAUUCUCCAUUAAAGGGAUUUUUUUCUUUUAAAUUAAUGUUACUUCUAAUGUGAUUUCAAAGGGAUUUUUCUCCAGAUUUUCUUUGAUAACAUUUUCAUUUUUCGGUGCAUUUUUCAUUAUUCAGAUGGCAAUAAAUGGCUGUUGACCUUUGACACUACUCUACUGGAGUGUAGACUUGCUAGCUGUGUUCAGAAACUUUAUAUAUAUAUAUAUAUGUAACUGCAAAAUAAUUGCUUGAGAAAGUGAUUUCAGAAAACGGAAAAAUUCAAGUCUCGCAUUUGUUUGGUUGCUGAUACCAAAGUGAAAUCAUUCCUUGUCUUUUUGUUGGUGAUUUAGCAUCUUUUCAACCUGGGCUCUCGUUGUUUAAUUUGUUGACCGUAAAGUCUGAAUUUGCUUGAAAGAUUUUCAGUCAAGGGUCAAAAGUCCCCCUGUGAAAGAUUUAUUGAACCGUUUUGCUUAAUUUGAAGCAUAUAUUUUUCUGUAUAAGAGGUGGAAUGGAAUACAUUUAUUUCUUAUGAAAGAAUCACUAAUGGUAUGAAAUUAAUCUUCUUUUGACCUUUAACCAGACAUAUCACUGUGUUUUUCUACCCCAAACCUUGGUGAUGAGAGGUCUGGUGGGGUGUGUUAUCUAGUUCUCUCACCUUCAGCCUACAUUUAACCAAUGCCCUUUAACCCUGUUGGCUAACAAGAUCGACAGGUUCAAGAAACAAAAUAUUCUUUUAUCUAAUUCAUUACGUAGCAGUUGUCGCAAUGUGUAAUUUCUUCAUUGGCUUUAUCUGGAUAUUUAUAUAUUAAAAGGGGACAAA